GUUUUAAUGCUCACGCUGCAGAACGAUCCUCCCUCCCUGGAGACUGGGGUCGAGGACAAAGAGAUGCUUAAGAAGUAUGGGAAAUCUUUUAGAAAACUUAUAUCCUUGUGCCUUCAGAAGGACCCCGCAAAGAGGCCCACUGCAGCCGAGCUUUUGAAAUGUAAAUUUUUCCAAAAGGCUAAGAAUCGAGAGUACUUGAUUGAAAAGCUGCUUACUAAAGGACCAAAUAUAAUCCAAAGAGCCAAAAAGGUCAGAAGGGUCCCGGGGUCGAGUGGACACCUGCACAAAACUGAGGACGGAGACUGGGAAUGGAGCGAUGACGAAAUGGAUGAGAGAAGUGAAGAGGGGAAGGCAGCGUUCAAUCUUGAAAGGUCACGCAGGGUCAAAGAAAACGAAAACCAGCACGGAGAAGUGAAUGCGAACAGUCUCCCGCUGGAGGAUCUGUCCAUUCAGCACCCGCAGGUUCAGCCAUUGGAGAAACCCUCGAGCUCUCACGGAGCCGUGAACAUGGUGCUGAGGUUAAGGAACUCCAGGAAGGAGCUGAAUGACAUACGGUUUGAGUUUACUCCAGGUCAAGACACUGCUGAUGGAGUUUCUCAGGAGCUCUUCUCUGCUGGUCUGGUCAAUGGUCAUGAUGUUGUAGUGGUGGCUGCUAACCUUCAGAAGAUUGUAGAAGACCCGGUUACCUACAAAGUGUUGACCUUUAAGCUGGCAUCAGGCUGUGACAGUACAGAAAUCCCAGAUGAGGUCAAGCUGAUUGGUUUCGCACAGUUGAGCGUCACCUGAUAGCAUCUCAUUAACAGCAGAGGGAGAGACUGAGAGGAUGACAACAUCCAAAACCUGCUGCAGCUGCUGCGCGCACACACACACAUACACUCCUGCUCACAACGCUUUCAGUCGCCUCGCCCUACACACACACACAAGCUCUAAGCCAGUGCAACAGUGUGUUCUGGAAGGAAAGCCUCAUUCAUUUUCUCCAUAGGGAGGGAAAACUUUUAAACAGGGCCUACUGUGAGCUGCGAGCUUGCUAAUCAAUGCAUGGGGAAUAAUUUGCGCUGGUCGAAAUUGCAUUGUUGAGGAAAAAGAAAAUUAAUGUAAGUAGAUCAGAUUUUAUUAUUUCAUUCCGUAAUAAGCACU